AUGUACAAAUCCUCCCCCGAGCCGUACAGCCGACCGGGCAGCGGCCUGAGCACUACCGGGCGCAUUCCCGCGGUGGCGAUGAUGGACAGCGGCGUGAAGAUACCGGAGAAUAACAUCAUCGAGUUCCACAAUGAGAAGGCGAGGGAGCAGUGGGCCAUCACCAAACAGCCUUUCCUUGAAGACAGCCUCGACGAAGCAAUGAGCAACAACCUCUCCCAGGCCGAGGCCGGCCUGCCUCCGAAUGAGGUGGCCAACUGCUUCUCGAACAAGGCCAUUCGCCAGCGAUUCGUGCAGAAGGUGUACGCCAUCCUCGCGGCGCAGUUCCUGGUCACCGUGGCCAUCUGUGCCCUCUUCAUGUUCGUAGAGGGCAUCAAAGUGUACAUCCAGAACAACAUUUGGCCACUGGUCACGGCGAUGGUCGUGUACCUCGUCAUCGGCAUCACCAUCAUCUGCUGUCGAUCACUGCAGCGCACCGUUCCCUGGAACUACGUCCUCCUCUUCUCACUGACGGUGGCCAUGUCGAUCAUGGUGGGGACCAUUUGCGCCUUCUCCGACAUGUCGGCGGUGCUGAUCGCGGCGGUGGCCACCUGCGGCGCGACGCUAGUGGUCAGCCUCUUCAGCUGCUGGACCAAGUUCGACUUUACGAAGCUCAUUUGGAUCGCCUUCAUCUGCGGCAUUGUGAUCACCUUCACCGGCUUCUUCCUGAUCCCCUACCACGACCGGGCGAGUCAGGUGCUGUACGGCGGCGCCGGCGCCCUCCUCAUGAUGCUCUACCUGGCCAUCGACACGCAGCUGAUCAUGGGCGGCCGCCGCUUCGAGCUCUCCGAGGAGGACUACAUCUUCGGCGCGCUGAUGCUCUACCUCGAUAUUGUCAACCUCUUUCUCUUUAUCCUUCGCAUGGUGAGGAGCUAG